AUGAAGAAACUUGAGUCGCUUUUGCAUCUUGGCUAUUACCCAAAACCCAUUUCUCCUUUGAAAACGAAGGCCGAGAAGACCGCAAAGAUACAGAGGCCUCUCCAGUCGACGAUCCUACAAUUAUUGAACCAAUUUAUCCGUCUUCCAACUCACCGAGCAAGACCUAAGCUAGACGACGAGCCGGCGCUCGAUGAAGAAGAGCCCCCUUCCUCAUUAUUCAGCCUUCCUACUGAGAUUGUGCUCCUGAUCUUUGAACAACUGCCGCUUCCGGCGCAGGCCUGCCUCGCACUAACCUGUAAGGCUCUAUACGACGAUCUCGGCUACAUCCUCCAAGACGAGGGACUAUCCUUGCCAACAGCGUGGGCCAGUAAAACCGCCGAACUUCCACUCAGCCAACCAACGCUUCUCCGAAAUCAGUUUCUCUUCAAAAUCGAGAAUGACAGAUGGUUAUACUGCUCGGGAUGUUUAAAGAUCCAUCCUAGACAUCUGUUCUUUCAGGACCAGCAAUCUCGUGAAUCCAACCGACGCCGUUGUCAACAUGAGGAAGGAGUAGGAGACCUUACACUUCUACAUCGGUGCUCAAUAACCGACCAUGCUAAGGCCUUCGUCGACAUUACAGUCACGGCGUUGAUUGGGGAUUUGGACUCUCUAGAGUUGCACUCUAGCCAUCAUGUGCACCUCAAUUUCGCUCGAGCAGCGAUCGACGAGAUUAGGAGAUCUUAUCAGUAUCAUUUCCCCACUGAGCAACUGGAGCCUAUGUCCGCAUCUUGA